UUGGCGCACCUGAGACGGUCACACCGAUGAAAAGCCAACUCAGCUGAAAGUGAACCCAUUUUUAUACACAAUAAAUUUAGUGGCUGCAGUGGAAUAAGUUGAUUCACCCGUUCACUGAGCCCCAAGACAAUGAAAUAUGAGGUUGGCCAACAAGAAAUCAAAAAUGCAGCCAUUGCUAAGUGACUUGGCCCUGUUGUUGGGCCUGGCGAUCUGUUGUCUUCCAACUUUGACGUGGGCCGCGGCCGCGACUCUCUCCGACAAACGACUAUGCGCCGACCCGAAAUGUGAACAAAUCAUCUCGACGGGUAUUGCCAAAAUCAGCUAUGCCACUGGCGGAGAGGGGCUGAUAUCCUUCAAGAUUAAUUCCCCCAUCCGCGUCCUGUCCAAAAGUGCUGGUUCCAACAUGCAGCUGUGGGGUGUCGAUAUCAACGGACGACGCGGCUAUGCCAACAAGGACUUUAUCAUGGAGAAAAAGAUCAUAGUGCGGGACAAGGACCUGGCGUAUGAAGUGCCAGUGGUGGGACCUGGCAGUCCAGUCCAGUCCGUAAAGGAGCCACUGCAGCCGGUUCUCAACGCUUCUGAGUCAACCGAUGACUUGGCAACGACCACAACGUCACCACUUGAUGUUAACGUGGAUUCAAUAGUGCUGGAGCAGGAGAAACUUAAAGAUCAGCAGGUUCCUGAUCCCACGGCGGCUUCCAAAGCACCAGUGCAGCUCGUGGAAGGUACAGAGCUGCCUCUGGAGGCGGUUCCAGCUUUAAACGAAAGCACACAUUUUCCAGUAGAGACAGAAAAGCCCAAUGAAGCAUUGAAAUUUGAAUCCGCCUCUGCAGUUGUUGACACGAAAGAGCCACAAGCGUCUCCAGAGUCCAGUAAAGCGCGGGAUGAAUCUACGAAACAGCUGCCUGUCACUGAACCUCAGGAGCCAACUCCACUGAGGACGGCAAUCAACGCUGAAAUUGAAGACACUGAUGAUUUUGAUUAUGGGGAUGACGGGGCAGACGAAGACGACGACGAAGAAGACUUCAAGCAAGGUAGUGAAGAUAACGAACCGAGCAUACAGAAAGAAAACGAUAAGAAAUCAAUUAACGAAUCGAUUGAACUUAGCACGAUUUCGGUUGAGAAAUUGAAUAUAACUAAUAGCUUGGAGGACCCAAAGGAGGACCAGAAGGUAGAGCAAGCGCAAGUGGAAGUGACAAGGAAAAAAGACGAUAAACCCGUGGUUCCAGCCAUUCCUGACAUACUUCCUUUACCUAAUGGUGCAAUUACAGAAGAACCGACGGAGGUAAAGAAAAUUUCCAAGAUUGAGCUUGAAGCAGUCGUGGAAUUAAAGCCUUUAGAUGCUCUGACAGCCGAGGAUGUCACGGAAAAGGUGGCUAAGGAACCGCAUCCGGUUGUUAAAGAUGAAGUCAAAGAAGAAAUAGUUAAGCUUUCUGCAGAAAUAGCAGUUGAGCCCAAACAAGAAAUCACCAUUGAGCCUUUUGUUGCUCAAUCCGAGAACGAAACUAAUGAUACGACUGAAUCAGUGAGUAGCUCAACUGGUCCUGUAAUCGAAGAUGCUCCACUGAAACCUGAACCUGUUGGCCUACCGCCUCUUUUUGAAAAGACAAACUUUGAGAAUCCCAAUGAUUACUAUAAGCAGCUGCAGGAGAAGCAAAAGCAGAGUUUAAUUGAAGAAGCGGAGCAGCAGAAGAGGUUGCGUGAAGAAGUGGAGCAACGGAAGAGUAUAGAAGAGGAAGCGGAGCAAGAGAAGAAGUCAAACGAGGAGGCGGAACUACAAAGGAGGUUAGAUGAAGAAGCGGAUCAGCAGAAGUUGUUGCUUGAGGAAGCAGAGCAUAAACUGCAGGAUCAAGAUGCAAACCUGCAGCAGUUCAAUAAUUCUGAUUUCGUGGAUUCACCAUCAAACGAAGACUUUGAUAAGACCUAUGACCCCUACAAACAACUGCAGCCAGAGCACCAUCACCAUCAUCCACAUCAGCACCCUUCAGAAAGUGCCUAUCAUUACCCAUCGAGUGCAGAGCAAACUACUCCCACUCCUGACGCUGAAUCACCGUACGGCGCAGUCAUUGAAGAGACCACACAAUCAUCCCAAGCUGACACGGAGCGUGCGGGUGUUGGUUCCGUUGAGCCAGUAGCUCUGCCAGCGACUGCUAGUCCCGGGUCGGAGGUUCCCAUUAAGGAGGAUGGCUUGGGCUUCGGUCUCUUUGCCACCAUUGUCGACACCGUGAACAAUUUUAUCGGGAAGGAGCCACAGAGUGCAGCAUUAGAAAACAGCGAUGAACUGCGAAGAAUUCUCUAUCCAAGCAAGGCUGAGGUGGCAUCCUCUCAAAAGGAAACCCAAGAUGCUCCUCAUGCCGAUUUUGAUAGUUAUUGUCCUCGAGAUGAGCACUGCCAUCGCUCCAUUUCCCUGGAUAAUUUUGUGGAUAUAAUGGCCGGCAAGCUGGUGGAUCACAGUCAACUUUUGAUGUGUGUGAUUAUUGCAGCAGCUUCUUCGCUGUUCUUCAUCUUCGGCUACUACUGCUUCUGCAACAGCAGCCAGGAGGGCGCACUUCUCUCGAAACUAAAUCACUUGGAGCGCAGUUUGCUGGCCUCUCACAAGGAAAACCUAAUCAUCAAGCACGACCUGAUGACUACAAGAACCAAAUUGGCCAGCAUCGAAGACAACUCCUUUGGUUCCAACGACAUGGUGGCCGACCUUAAGAAGCAGCUUGAAUCUGAGCUUUACGAGAAGGCCAAGCUGCAAGAGCAGGUUGGAUCGCUAGAAAGGGAUCUGGAUAAUGCGGCAGAGGCUGGAUUGGAGCUGAAUAAAAUGUUAUCGGAGGUGCUGAGCAGCCAGAACGGGGAUGAGGCCUUUAUGAGCACCGUCGAUGAACUGCAGAGGCAGCUAAACGAUCAAGAGAAGAUCAUCAUCGAGAUUAACUCGAGUCUGGCGGAAAAGAGUCGCGAGAACAGCGAACUACAGUAUUCUUUUACGGAGGCCACGGCACGCCUCACCAGCGAUCUGAAGGCCCUACAAGAGGACAACUACGAGUUGGAGAUGGAAAAGUCUAAACUGCAAACACGGCUAGGGGAGAUCCAGGCCGAGACGGAAUUGGAGUUGGCCAAUGCCCUGGAGUCACGCAAUUACGAAAUGCAGCGGUUGCAGAACCAAAUCCUCGAUCUGACCGCCAAGUGGGAUCGGGAACACAGCGAUCUGCAGACCAGUCUGGCCAAAAUCGAAGCACUCGAGGAUUGUCUAAAGGCAGUCAAAAAGGACGCCAACUUGAAUGUUCAGGAGCUGAUCACCUCGGCCAAAACGCGCGGCGAACUGAACGCUGCCCAUAAGAAGUUUGUCGAGCUGCAGGCAAAGGUAGAGCAGGAAGUUGCCCACAAGCAGCGCCUGGAAAUCCAGCUACAGCAGUCAAGUACAGAUGUGGAGCAGCUGAAGCAGGACUUCAACCUAUCAGAGCGCGACAAGCUGGAAGCCCAGACGCGACUCGAGGUUCUUUCUGGCUACUUCCGCGAGAAGGAAAACGAACUUAAGAAAGAACUUAGUAUGCAGGAGACCAAAUGGCUGCAGCAUCAGGGCGAGAACGCCAGCACAGUGGAGAUCCAGACGCUCAUGAAGAACGAAAUCCAAACUCUCAAAUCUCAGAACGACGAGCUGCGUGCCGAGAUCGAGGCCCAAAUAGCCUCGCACAAGGCUCAAAUGGGCACGCUGGAGAACCGCGCCCAUGAAUCCUGGCUGGCGGCGCGCCAGUCGGAGCGCCGUUGCGAAGAGGCGCUGGCUGAAGCCGCCGGUCUGAGGCGAAAGCUGACCACCAUGGCCAGCGGAGGAGGCGGAGUCGGAGAUACGGCCAACAUGGAGGUCAUCGCCUCUAACGGAGCGCCUGUGCUGGGGGCAGAACUGAAAACGGCUCCAUCGCCGCUUCCCUUGCCGGGUUCGCCACUGCUGAGCAUGCCAAAUCCACUGCCAUUCCUGGCGGCGCCCUUCUCUCCUUUCAUGGGCCUUCCGCCACCAUUCCUGCCUCCAACCGGAGCGGGUGGGGCACGCCCUCCACCCCUGGGGCGAAAGCGUUCCCCGCCGCCUUCGAGCCGCGGCGACCGGGAUCGAGAUCGGGAUCGGUACUCGGACUACAGCGAUUACGAUGAUUAUGACGACGAUGAUGAGGAAGACAGGGGCAUGAACCGCCGCCGAAGACUCAGCGGCAGCUGGGGCCGGCGUCAUCAUGACUCUUACAACCACUCGCCGCGUACAUAUCGCUCGCUGUCCCCGUCAGACAGUCGCUACAACUACAACGACACGGAGACGGACUUUAGUCCGCCCCCAAGUCCACCGCCAGUUUCUUCAGGACGGAGCGCGACAUCUCGACCCUACAGCGAGGUGUGAAAGGGUUUUUUCGUGUAACCAAGUCCUACCAAGUAUAUUAGACUCAAAACUAGUUCAAAUAUAUUUAUUAAUCAACGAUUAUCGAUCGGUCGGGCCGAUUCCACUUACAGACAUCUCAGGAGAAUCAGUCAAAAUCAAAAACUAAUAAAACUCCUGACUCAAUGGUGAAUGAUAACUAAGAAAAUCAACAAAAUUAAAUACAGCGAAAAACCCAAA